AUGUCUGCACAUCUACAAUACAUACAAGAUGAAAAACGGCAAGUUUGUGAUACCUGUGGACACAGUUUCAAGCCAAAAGGCUUCAACAGUCAUCAAAGAGCCUGUGAGCGACAUGCAAGAGAGUCUGAAGAAGAUGCAGAGCAAUGGGCUUCGAUCCUGCAUGUACAAGCAGCUGCUGUGCCGGCCCUGUCCGUACAAGCUGCACAUGGCAAUGCCUGGAUUGAGCAGGACUACAACCAUGAUCACAAUAACGACCAUUAUAAUGCCGAUGUUGACAUGUCAUCAGAUCACUCCGACUCGGAGCCUGAUGUCGAUGUCCCUGGACCCACUAUCGACAAUAUCCGCACUGAAUUUCACCCACAUGUGAGGAUCGCACCACGCAUCGAAGUGUUCACUGAUUUCACCCAACACCACAAUUACGAGCCACCCUGCCCGGAACACCAGCCCUGGCUUCCAUUUUCAUGUCGACUUGACUUUGAGGUUGCCGAAUUGGCACACGAGGCCGCACUCACCCAUGAGCAAACAACACGCCUCAUCCGGUUGGUUCAACGCAGUAAGAGUGAAGUUUUCACACUUAAAAAUUAUGCCGAUGUUCGGAAUACUUGGGAAGCGGCGUCUCAUCGAUUGACACCAUUUGAAAAGGAUACUGUUGUGGUUCUGCUUGACGGUACAGACAAGGAAUACACAGUUUACUUUCGCCCCCUUUGGGAUUGGGCGAUUGAUAUUCUGUUCAUCGAUGAACCAUGGACGGCGGAUGCGUUCUGGGACUGCCAGUCUCAGAUACCUCCUGACGCGAAACCAUUAGCGUUUAUUUUGUAUGCUGACAAGUCAAAACUAUCAUCAUUCGGUCGUGAGAAAGGAUAUCCUGUAAUCGCUUGCCUAGCAAACCUUCCCGUCACCAUCAGAAACGGAAGCGGGAUGGGUGGGGGCCGGGUGGUUGGGUGGCUCCCAUUGGUCAAAGAGGACCCGAAAUACAAAGGUACACCACAAUUUGCCAACUUCAAAGUAGCUGUAUGGCAUGCGUCCAUCAAGAAGGUUCUCGCAUCAAUUGUACCGCCUUCAAUAAGUGGCCGAUGGGCAAAUUGUUGGGACAAUAUUGCAAGGCUCUUCUAUACCCUGGUGUUGAUACUGUCCGCAGACUACGAGGAGCAGAGUGUAAUGUCACUCACUUGGGGUGUUAUGAGCAACUUUCCGUGCCCGAUCUGUUUGAUUUCCGGAGAUGAAUUAGCUUCCAUCAUGCCUCAUAACUACGCUCUUCAGACAAGCCAGGCAACAAACACCCUUUUGAUCGAGGCAAGGGCGGAGCACCGUAAGGGACGACAGGAGGCAAUACUUAAGAGUCAGUCAAUUCGUGAUGUUGAUAAUGCAUUUCAUGACAUGAAUCUGAAGACUACUGAUGUGCACCACGUGCUAUGCUAUGACCGACUUCAUGCUGUCCUUUGGGGUCUCUUCGGGGAUCACAUGUGGCCAGAACUACAACUACUAAUUGGCCUUUUGGGACGCAACCCCACCAUGAAAAUUGACCAGAAUUUUGAUGCACUGCCUUGUUGGCGGAAUUUGAACCAUUUCAAUGCUGUUAUGUCUAUAUCAUUCACCGACGGAAGUAAAUACAAAGAUAUUUUCAAGAGCUAUGUACUAUUGAAUCAGCUGAUUACAUUCACGGCUCAUGAUGUUCUUCCAAAUGCUGAUGAAACACUUGAGGUACAGACCACAACAACAAUUGUGGGAGGACGAGAAGCCCUUGAAAAAUUCUCCGAGCUAAUGAAUAAAUAUAUCGAGAAGUCUCAAGCUAUAUGGCCAGACAAGAACUGGUCAUUUCCGAAGAACCAUCUAGCUGCCCACCUAUUUGACGACAUCGAGGCUAAGGGAGUGACUCGCAACUACAACACAAAGCCGAAUGAGAAGUGUCACGGCCCCCUGAAGGAAUCAUAUCAACGAUGGACUAAUUUUAAGAAUGUUGCACCACAGAUUUUACGUGCAGACCAUUGGUCUCUUGUUUCUGAGUUCAUCAGUGGUCGAGUGGAUGAACUGGAUGCAUACAACACUUGGAUGGCCAAAGACGAGGACAAUGAGAACGACCCUGAUACUAAUCAGGCCCGGGUGAACAUGUUACCAUUGGACGAAAUAACAGAGUUUCAAUUCCUCAAGGUUAACUAUGAGUCGCUAGUUGACUUCCGUCAGACCACCGACUAUCUCCGUUGCAGCCCGGGUUUCCAUAAUCUUCCCCGAUACGACUGUGUCAUUGUUAACACCACAGCUGGUGUCUUUUUUGCAUGGCUCCUCUUCCUCUUUACGUGUGUCAUUCAUGACACAUCCUAUCCCAUCGCCCUUGUACAUCCAUAUGAUGCACCAACUGGGAGGCACCUCCAGAAGGACAAACACCUGAAGUUUUGGCGUGUUAGAUCACAACCAAGAGAAACUGCUAGUGAGUUCAUACUAGCAGAAUCGAUCAUCCGAGGGGUUGCUCUUGCUCCCGAUCCUACUACAGCUGGUGACUUUCUUGUUAUGGAUACAGUAGACAGUGACAUAUUUCUGCGCAUGAAGCAAAUGCACCUUGCAGCCGGGCAUUAA